CCGCGCAUGCGCAGGUCGCCGUGUCUGCAGCACAUUGAGCUCUCGGAAGUUUGGUUGCAGAGAUUUAGCAGCUAGCAGCGGGCAGCCUGAGAGACACGGUCCGGGCAGAAAAGUUGGUUUUCGGGGGGUAAAAAGUUCUUUUGGACGGAAGGCCUCGGCACCCUGUGACCCUGGAGGACCCUUGAUGGUCUGGGACCGUUAGUCCGGGUCAGUCUGGAUCCAGCAGCAGAUUUAAAGCCUCUAACAGAAGUUGUGAUUGUUGUUUUGGCGCUCUGGCGGCGCAGAGGAAAGAUGGAGGCUGUGUAGCAGCAGGCUAACUGUUAGCUAGCUGCGGGUUUCCUGACAGUUUACAGACUCAUCGGAGCUGCUCCACCCACAGGUGGAUGUUACCUGCUGCUCUCCAUCACACAGAAGCUGUUCAAGCUGCUGUUUAUGUUCACAGACUCACUGAAGAAGAAUGACAGUCCAUCAGGCUCUGAGGAUGGGAGCAGGGCUACAGGAGGCAGAAUCUAGACAUCAGAUGGUGCUGUGAGGAGCCAUGGGUAGCUGUCUAAGCUGUCCAGAGAAAGAGUCAAUCCCAGAUAAUCAUCAGAGUAAAUUUAAGGUGAUCAACGUGGACGACGAUGGGAACGAGUUGGGUUCAGGUGUGAUGGAGCUGACCGACGCCGAGCUCGUCCUCCACACACAUCGCCGCGACGACGUCAGGUGGCCUUACCUGUGCCUUCGCCGCUAUGGUUACGACUCCAACCUGUUCUCGUUUGAGAGCGGCCGGCGCUGUCAGACGGGACAAGGUAUCUUUGCCUUUAAGUGUCCCCGUGCAGAGGAGAUCUUCAACAUGCUGCAGGAGGUGAUGCACAGUCACAGCAUCAGUGUGGUGGAGGAGGCCGUGAUGGAGCCCACACAGCAGCAACACACACCUGCUGCAGCUCUGGGGUAUUCGGUGCCUUCGGUUCCUAACGGGAUGAGCCGGAUCCCGUCUGUGGGGGAGGCUCCGUCUCACCCCUCCACCCGUCACCCGUCAGUGGCCUCCACUCGCCUCCCGUCUGUGGGGGAGGAGUCGACUCACCCGCUGCUGGUGGCCGACGAUGCGGUGCACACCUACGUGAACACGUCGGGCCUCCUGGAGGAGCAGCCCAGCCCUCUGACCGUCACCACCCCGCUGGAGAGCCCCACCUCCCCCACCUCUCAGUGUCCUCCCACGCCCCCUCCCCCCCCCAGGGUCCGCCCGGAGCUGCCGGCCCCGCCCCCUCAGCCGGAGCCUCAGGUGCUGCUGGAGCCGCAGGGCGUGCGCUUUGUGUUAGGCCCCACCCCCGUUCAGAGGCAGCUGAUGGAGAAGAGGAAGCAGGAGGCGCAAGGGGAGGAGCCAAAAGAGACUGAAGGCACCUCCGACACCCCUGCCAAGCCAGAGCCCGCCCCCCCGCUCUCCAACGGCUCCUCCUCCUGCUCUUCCUCUAAUCCAUCCACAGCUUCUCGCCGCCACCGCCCGCCCCCCCUCACCCCCGACCUGCAGAAUGUUAACAACUCGGCGCAGCGCCGCACUGCCUUGCUGGACUACGAGAACCUGCCGGCGCUGCCACCCGUGUGGGAGGCCAGGAAGACGAGCAGUGAGGAGGAGGAGCCUGUCUGUGGCGGUCUGAGGACACCAUCUCUUAAUGGUUACAACCACCACGGGGCGCUGCACCACUCUUACUCUCACCCGCUGUCCGCCGCGCUCGAGUCCUCGCACAACUAUGUCAACACGGAGAACGUAACGGCACCGCUCAGCGCCCAUCGACCGGACACCGCUCGCCGCCGCGUGGAGGGCCCCACCAUCUUUAACUUUGACUUUAGACGGCCGCCGCUGCCCGGCCACGCUGAGCAGCCAAAGACCCUGAACUACAUCGAGUUGGAGAUGGAGCAGGGGGGCGGGAACAAGGGCGCUUCUGACGGCAGCAAUCCUCACACACCACGCACCCCGACCUCCCCCCUCCCUCCGACCACGCCCACUCGCCGUACGGAGCUAUACGCCCUCAUUGACAUUGAACGCACGGCCGCCAUGUCCAACCUGCAGCGAGCGCGGCCGCGGGACGACGGGACGUCACGCAAAACUCGACACAAUAGCACGGAGCUGCCCACCAAGAGCACUGUGUGACCCCGCCCCCUCGCACUGUGUGACCCCGCCCCCUCACCUCCUUUAGGUCACCUGAUGAGGUGUGUUUAUAUCAAACUCUUUGCGAGCUCACCUGAGCAGGUACGCUCUCAGACAGACGGUACUUACAGCAGAUUAUUGGAUGCUGGUGAUGAUGUCACAGACUCUUCUUCCUUAUAUGGUCAGAUCAGUAUUACUGAACAAAACAUUCCAUUUAUUCUUUAUAUGUUCACUUCCUGCUGUACUGAGCAUGCUCAGUACCUACAGCAGAUCGCCACAAUAAAAGUCUCUCUGUUUUUAUUA